AUGAAAGUAAUACUAAUUGGAGCUGGUAUAUCAAGUGCAAUAAUAUCUCUUUUACUUCGCCGUCAAUAUGGUCCAGCAAUAAAACUUGUUGUAUUUGAUAAAGGCAGAAGCAUUGGUGGUCGUAUGACAACUAGUUUUGAUAGUGAAGAAAAUCCUCAUUGUUCUGUUGAUACUGGUGCUCAAUAUCUAACAUUAACGAAAUCAAAUAGCAUAACAACAAAAUUUUUUCAACAAUUAAUCGAUGAUCAUGUUAUUGAGUUACUUGAUAAACAAAAUACAAUUGGUAUACGUGAAAAUCAAGAUAAAAUUGAUUAUACAGCACCUCGUGGAAUAGCAUCUAUUGUACGAUAUUUUUUCGAACAAGCAGUUGUUGAAAUGAAUCUUUCUAAACAAAUUACAAAGAUUGAUUUUAAUUCAACAAAUGAUAAAUUUACAAUAUCAACUGAUAAAGAACAAAUAGAUGAAGCCGAAGCUGUUAUUGUUACUAUUCCAGUACCACAAGUACUUUGUCAAUUGCAAGGUUCUAUUACUCAAUUAAUAGAUCAAAAUAAAGAAGUAAAAGAAAAUCUUUCUCAGAUUAAAUAUUCUAGUCGUUUUGCUGUUGGCCUUUUUUAUUCAUCUUCAGUAACAAAUCUUAAUAUUCCUUGGCGUAUUUAUUAUGUUGAUAAAAAGGAACAUGAAUGUCUUCGUUUUCUUGCUAUUGAUAAUGCAAAACGAAAUAAAAAUGAACCACCAUUUUCUUUAAUUGCUCAAACAAGUGUCGAGUUUGGUGCAAAACAUAUUGAUGAUGAUAAAAUGAUAAUUGGAGAAGAAAUUAAAGAAAAAAUCUUUCAAUUUUUACCUGAACUUUCACGUGAUAUUAGUAAUACAAAAUAUCAUAAAUGGAAAUAUUCACAAGUAAUUCAAUCUUAUCCAAAUCAACCAGGUUAUGUCGUACUUAAUGAACAUCCUCUAUUAAUGCUAGCUGGUGAUAGUUUUGCAGCAGACUCAAAUUUUGAAGCAUGUAUUCAAGCAGCAAUUGAAUCUGUGAAAAAAAUUCAUCCAUUAACUACUUAA